AUGUGGUUCAUGUAUUUACAUCCUAAUUUAAGACAGAGAUAUUUUAGUGUCAGUCUGCCACAGAAGAUUGAAGCUCUCCGUGGAUCCUGUGUGAUCAUAAAGUGCACUUUUGAGAUUGAUAAACAAUAUGACCAAUACCUCACUGAGAGAGCUACUACAGGACUGUGGCUCAAAGAUGGAACUGAAGAGGAUCCACAUCAAGUGUUUAACUCCAGAGAUCACAAACCUGAUCACUUUAAUGGGAAAAUAACUGGAAAACUACACAAGAAGAACUGCACCACUGUCUUUUAUGAUGUUAGUUCGAAUCACAAUGGUAAAUAUUACUUCAGGAUUACGAGCGGAAAAGAUCUGAAAUACACCUACAGACAAUCCUUCUCCACUAUAGAUGUUAUCGAGUCUCCUCCCAAACCCAGAGUGCAGCUGUAUGUGGCGCAGGAUCAGGAGGAGGUGUUGGAGGGGAGCUCUGUGAGUCUGCGCUGCUCUGCUGAGACUCUCUGCUCCUCUCCUCCAGCAACUCUCACAUGGAGCUCCACUCCCAGAAUCCCCCUCAGUGAGAGCAGCAGACUACAGGAGCUCAUCUCUGAUCUGAACUUCACUGCUACUCACCGUGAGCAUGGAGUCACUUUCACCUGCACUAUAACCUACCAGCUACAGGACAAGAACAAAACAGCACAGGACAGCAUCACAGUACAUGUUCAGUAUUCCCCUAAAAACACAGCAGUGUCUGUGGCUCCCUCCAGCUCUGUGUUGGAGGGCAGUUCAGUGACUCUGAUCUGCAGCAGUGAUGCAAAUCCAGCCGUGAACUACACCUGGUCCAGAGAGAGUGAAGGACAGCUGGAGCAGCUGCAGACUGGAGACACUCUUACCUUUAACAGGACCGACCCGACACACAGAAGCUGGUACCACUGUACAGCUCAGAACCAACAUGGUGCCCAAAACUCAUCAGUGAAGCUGGACAUUCAGUAUGCACCUAAAAUCUCUUCAUCCUCCAGCUGUAGCAGAACAGAUGUAACUGUGUGUUUCUGUGAGGCUGAUGGGAAUCCCUCUCCUGAACUGGAGUGGCAUCUGUCUGGACGUCCUGUCACUAACUCUUCAAACACGUUCAUCAGUGAAGAGCGAUUGAGCAGCACAGGCUUGAGGAGCUCCAUCACUCUACAUCAGUCUCUCACACACACAUCCACUCUGCAGUGUGUCAGUAACAACACUCGAGGCACUGCAAGAAAACUGCUUCAGCUGCCUGCAUUUGAUGAACUUGCUGUUGUGGCUCUGGCGGUUGUGUUGUUGUGUGCUGUUACAUAUACACGUGUACGAAAAGACGAUGGGAAACUUCCACAGACUACACAAGAAGUCCCUGAGAGAAGUGGUCAAAAUGCAGAUGAAGUCGCUCCACAGGGCAAUCAAGACGACCCUGUUUAUGUCAUGAAGUCAUCUGCUGGAGCCGCUACAGCAAAUCAAGCCUCCAUCAUUUAUUCCUCCAUUGACUUCACAAACGCUAAACCGCGAGAGGUCAGGAGCGUCUCCUCAUAUCAUGCUAUCUACGCUGUGGUCCAGGAUUGUUCUGGAGGGCUGUCAAAGACCAAGAGCUCAAUAGGAGAGUCAAAGCAAUCAGAGGAAGAGCUGUUUGAAGACUCCUCUCAGCUUUACGCAAAGGUUAAAUGUUGAAACUCUUAGAGACCUAAAGCCAUCCCUUUAUUUGUUUCCUCGUAAAAAAAAAAUAGGUCAGAUAUCUAAACGAGUGCUGUUUUUAACAAUGAGCCCCAUUAUUCCUGACACGUCACAACUUUAGAUGUUGAUGGGUUCUAAAAUGUGUUUAAAACAAACAAGCAACCUAAAAAAAGAAAAAAAAGUGCAGUUCUUAUACACACAUAACUCAUUUGGUUUGCUUUUACAGUAUUUCAGCCAUUUUCAUGUGUUUCAUAAAUAUUCUCCCCAAAUUUUCUAUCAUGUUUUGGGAUGGUCAAACCAUGUGAUUAUUUGAAAUGUCUUGGAGUUCCCAUGAAAAUAAAAAUGUGAUACGUUCUACUCUGUAAAAAAAAAAAAAAAGAAAAGUUGAGCCAACUUAAAACUUUAAGGCAACCAGCUUCAGCGGAUUUUUGAUUUUGCUCAACUUAUUUUUGUGGGAGAUUCUCAAAUUUGUGUUGUAUAAACUUAAAACGACAAGUUGAGAAAACUCAAAAAUCUGCUGAAGCUGGUUGCCUUAAAAUUUUAAGUUGGCUCAACUUUUUUUAUUUUUUUUACAGUGGUAUAUCUAUAAAUCUGCAGCAAGGUCUUAAUGAAACCAAAAAUAGUCUAAAAUAGAGGCACUUCUGAAUAAAUGAGUGACAAAAAAAAAAAAAAUCUGUCUUAGAUUUUCAUGCAGCCCUCUUGAGACAACAUAACAUUUGAUGUGAUACUAAUGACUUCAUAAAAUUAUAUUCAUUUGACAAUGCCAUAACAAAGUGGACUUAAACAAGAGUUUAAACAGAGAAAAAAAAAAAAAAAGUUUAAACAGAGAAAAAUGUAUCUGUGUCAAUUUUAUAUAUGUAUCUCAAGACUUUAACAUUACCAGGCAACAUUUCUAACUUCCUAUCCACCGUUUUCCUUUAAUAACUGCCAAUAAACUUGUUUAAAGGUUUGCUCUAGGAAUGCAAUAAUAAUUAUUUAUUAACAUCAAAAGAAAACUUAACAGUGUCUGUUGUCCUUUUCAUAUUAAUACAGUAAAAUGCAAAGAAUAAAAGUAAUCAGGAGGAACAGAACAGCUAGCAGACUGAAAAGUGAUUUUGUCAUGUUAACCCGCAUAAUGCAUUCAAUAAAAAAAGAGACCAUUUUCGCAUAUAUUUUCAAAUAUGCUAUAUUCUGGGACCAUUUUUAUUUUUAUUUUUUAAAUAACUUAGUAUUUUUCAUAUUGUAACACUAUGUUGUAUUUGAUCAGCACUUUUUGACUGAGUAAAUGUGAAAAAAAAAAAAAAUCUAAGUUUUGUGAUAUAUAUAUAUAUAUGAAUGAAUGAGAAUAAAUAAUAUAAUAAUAUAUUAAAAAUAAUAAAAUGUAAUUAAUUCUAUUGAAUUUAUAACCGAUGAUUGCUCAAAACAGUCCAAAUUUACGAAACCUAAAUAUUUAAGAUUUCUAACAAAGCAUCAAAACAACAUGAAUAUUACACUGAUAAGUUUUUAAACAAAAUAAGUUCAUUUUACUUGCAGCAUAAACUUUCAGAUGGAAAAAAAUGAUAAAAAUGUUUUAUGCUGCAGUGGUUUGUCAAUAGCCGUACAUAUUUAUCAACACAAUUCAGUCCCCAGAGUGUCUGAGAUAUGGGGAAAAGUUGUAUAUUUUACGAAAGUGUUUUUGACACUGAUGUAGCCUACGCUGCGUGUCGGGCGGUUCUUCGCCUCCACAUCGUGCAUUCAAAUCGUUUAAUGCACAGCUAGCCGUUGAUUAUCCCGUUUAUACAAUGGUCAUUUGCCAGCAUUCACACAUUAAAGAUGUUAAUAAUAUUUGUGCUGCAAUAUUUGACCGGAACGAUAAAAAUGACGGUUAUUUUCGUCUGUAUUACUAUUAAACUGUAACUGUAUGUUACUAUGGUUACCAAUGUUUAUAGGAAGCGCAUUAAAUUGACCUGGAACUACCUGUGCAGUUCAACGAAUUUAAUCAACACCUGCCAGCCAAUCAGAAUCCAGUAUUCAGACAGACCAUGGCAUAAGCAUAGACAUAACAUUUAUGUUGUAAUAAUGAUUAUUAAUUUUGAUUUAUAGGAAGGGUUUUUUUGGGGUCAUAUUCUGGUCUGUGUUAAACAUAACUAUACUUUGACAUUUUGUUGUACAACGUAAACUGCACACACUCACACCCCAAACAUUCCUAUGUAGUAACAUAUUGAAAAAUAAAGGACUGUUUCAGAAUGUGUGUUUUCCGCAUGGGUGUGUGUAAUUUGCAUUGUAGAGCAAAAUGUCAAGCUUUGUCAAGUUGUUUACAUUAUUUUAGUCAUUCAUUGAAAAACCUAAUUAGAAAAUAUAGGAAAAUCUUGAGGGAAGCAGUGGAGAAUUAGUCUUUAUUAGUCAGGUUUUUUCGUCACAACGAUAUAUAUAUAUAAAAUACUCAAGGAGCUCAUUAAUUAAACACAAUUUGGAAUUCAUGACCACAAUUUUUUUUUUGCUUGUCAUUAGUUGUGUCUUACUUUGUUUAAUAAUUAUUACACAAAUACCAUUAUAAAGCUGUACUUUUCACGAUUAUUUAAUUUACUUUAUAAUUUACUAUUAAUUUAUUCUUCAUUAUUGUCUAUUCUGUAUUAUUCCACCCUUGAUAUGACAUAUUCUACUUGCUAUUAUUCAUCUAUUGUUAUUCAUUUAUUUAUUAUUGUAUUACACAUAUAACUUGUGCUAUUAUAAAUCGACGGUUUCAUUGGGCGUACGCGCCUGGACCGAAGUUAACUUCCGGUCUGUGCUUGUUUAUGUUGUUGCCGUUGAAACCGUCUAUAUAUAAAUUGGGUAGUAACUGAUUACAUGUAAUCUGGAUUAUGUAAUCAGAUUCCAAAAAUAAAGUACUCAUAAUUAGAGAAUAUUACAUUUUAAAAUGCUUAUAAUCAGAUUACAGUUAUUUUUAUUUUGUGGAUUACAUUCACACAAUGCCAGUAAGUCAUUCAUAAUUUAUAGAUUCUCCUUUAUUUUUCUUUUUUUCUUUGUAAAUUUUCUUUCUAAAAAUCGUACUGUUAUACCAUUGUUGUUGUUUAUAUUCACAAUAUAGAAUGGUCAUGUAAAUAACCUUUGAGAUUAAAUAUUUACUUGGAAUAUCUCUGAGGAAGUUAGUAUUUUAAUAAUUUAACAACAUUUACACAUGUUUACAGUUUGAUGUCGCUUAAUGGUCGCAUUGACAUUCAGGUAAACAAAUUAAAUUUUUAUUUUUAGUGUUCAAGUGUAAUUGAUUUUACAUUUUUAUGAUUUAAUUAAUUAUUAGCUUUUUAGCAACCACUACAUAAAGCCCAGUUUGGGAAAUCCUGAGGUAGUUCAAUGUCUAAUGCAUUUUAUGAUGUUGAUAUAUAUAUAUAUAUAUAUAUAUAUAUAGGGUCUCCACUUGUUGCCAUACGAUUUACACCCGUCCCAAUAGAAACAGUUAUGUGGGACAUUAAUAAUUAAGUCAGCACAGCAGGGUGACUUGUGCUCAUUCCUACCCUCUUCUGGUGAUUUACAGACAGAAUUCACAUGGCACAGCAGAGAAAUUCAAUAUUAUAUUAUUUAUUCUUGAAUCUUUACUAACAGAAAGUGAAAGGUUGAAAAUAAACAAAAGAGCUUGUUAAUUAUUUCACUGCUGCAGUAGUAGAAACCAGAAGAUGAGUAAAGCAAGAGACAAAGUAUUGUAUAUCAAUAAA